AUGGCCCAAGCACUGACAAUCCGCAACUUCACCUCCACUCCACUGGAAUUGAAGGUCAUCGAGCGCUUCGCCCCGCAGGAAAAGCGCAAAGAAGAUGGCCUCCAAGCCUUUGGCACAAUGGCCAAAAACUUCACCCGUAUGGUGACCGACGCCGCAACGAACGUGACUCGAGCUUCGAACUCCGCUCAACCCGUUCCCCAGGACGCGCAACCAUUUGCUCAUCUAGACACUAAUAUACGUGUUGAUCCAUUUGCUACCAACAAGACGGACGUCAAGACCUUUGAGAACAAUGACAAAGAGCGCUUACGUCUUACCUUUGAGGUUGACGGGGAGCGACAUGUCAUUACCGUUCCUGUGCCGACAGUCGAAUCCGCCGAGAUGCGUUGCCUGACGGACAACCCUCGUCAUCGAUUCACUGGUGUCUAUGUUACGCAAGAGGGUUAUCUUGCGAUAUACUCUUCUGCCCAGCUCAAUGCGUGGAUGCGCGAGCUGCGGGAUGAAACUAUGCUGUCUUCAUUGUCGAUUCCCGGCACGCACAAUUCUCCUACUUGCCAUGUUGCGCCUCCGUCGGUCCGUUGUCAGGCAGUCAGCCCUAAAGAGCAGCUAGAGAAUGGUGUUCGUUUCUUUGAUAUCCGUGUCCAGCCUCAGUCUCCUGACGAUCCCUCCAAAGACGAAUUAAUCCUUGUCCACAGCGCGUUUCCUAUCUCACUCACUGGAAACAAGUAUUUCAGGGAUCUGCUAAAUGUCGUGAAUGAGUUCCUCGACCGCAACCCCUCCGAGACCCUGAUUAUCUCUCUGAAAAGAGAAGGAACUGGCAAAGCAACAGACGAACAGCUCAGUCGCAUCAUUCGCGAUCACUACGCCACUCCUGAAAGCCGCUGGUAUACCGACCCCCGAACGCCAACACUAGGCGAAGUCCGCGGUAAAAUCGUCCUUGUCCGACGCUACAAUCUCGASGAGCCGCAAAAGGGAGAGCACGAAGGCAGAGGCUUCGGCAUUGACGGCGCCGGCUGGGCUGACAAUACUCCCAACGCAACCUGUCCAGGUGGCGAACUCUGCAUUCAAGAUUUCUACGAAGUGCUUGAAACGCAAAACAUCGACAAGAAAAUUCAGUACGUCAACGAGCACAUCUCACGAGCAGGUGCUGCUCGCUACCCCUUUGGACGCGGUGAUCCAAACCAGAAAUACCCCUUCUUUGUCAAUUUCUUGAGUGCCAGCAAUUUCUGGAAGACUCAGACAUGGCCGGAGAAGAUUGCCGCGAAGCUCAACCCGGCGACUGUCAAAUAUCUCUGUUUGGAUCAUUGUAAUCAUCCUGACGGAGAUUGGGGUACCGGUAUUUUGGUGACCGAUUGGGUGGGUUUGGACGGUGACUGGGAUUUAGUCAGGUGCAUUGUAGGUAUGAAUGCGAAGUUGAAGCUGAGGGAGAAUUAG